AUAAUAUAUAUAUAUAUAUAUAUAUUUUUUUUUUAAAUGAACGACGCUGAUGUUCGCCUUUCUCACGUUAGACGAUGGUACCGCCGUCGAGAGCAAUGGGUGCUGGCGGUCCUAAAGCCAGCCAUUUUGAGUUGCAUUUUAAAUUAGCAAGCGAGCUAACGAGAAGGCGAUGGACGAGCCGCGUCGGGAAUGGUUUACACGGUUACAUUCACGCCUCGGUUGGGAAACACUGGUAUAAUUCAUCUUCAGACAGAAAGAUGGCUUCCCCGCAGGCCGGUAGCCCGCCUCCCACGGAGCGAUACAUACCUCCGCCGCAAGAUGAGGAGAGCCAACAAGAGGACGAGGCGGCGAGGGACGCGCCUGUGAAAAAACGGGGCAGAGGCCGCCCCCCGAAAUCCAAAGCCUCAUUCAAGUGCUCGUCUUGCGCGGAGGCCUUCAGGAGCGUGUCGGCGCUGCGCGGCCACAAGCUCUCGGCGCAUGCCAAGGAGCGCCCUCAGCAUCACCACGUGUGCGUUCAGUGCCAAAAGACCUUCUCCAGCAAGGCCCAUCUCUCGAAACACGAGAGCACGCACUCGGCCCAGCGGCCCUGUCAGUGCCCCGAUUGUCACAAGGCGUACAAGACGCCCACGGAGCUGCGCAACCACAGCCGCUCGCACACGGGCGAGAAACCGUUCGUGUGCGCCGAGUGCGGCAAGGCCUUCAUGCAGGCCAUCUGCCUGAGGAUCCACAUGACGCAGCACAACGGCGAGCGGCCUUACUCCUGCCGCCAGUGCUCCAAAAGCUACCCCACCUUGUCCAAACUCAAGGUGCACAUGCGCUCUCACACCGGAGAGAAGCCGUACUUUUGCGGCGAGUGCGGCAAGAGUUUCGCCGACCCCUCCGUGUUCCGCAAGCAUCGACGGAACCACCAGGGCCACCGGCCGUACGCCUGCAACGAGUGCGGUAAAACCUACACGGAGUUGAAGGACCUGAAGAACCACGAGCGCUCCCACACCGGAGAGAAACCCUUUCUGUGCUCUGACUGCGGCAAGGCCUUCUCCCGCUCGUCCUCGUUGGUGUGCCACCAACGCAUCCACUCCCAGAAGAAGCCCUACCAGUGCGAGCAGUGCGGCAAAGGCUUCACGCAGCUCUCCUCCUACCAGUCUCACCUCCGAACGCACUCUGGGGAGAAGCCCUUCCUGUGCCCGCAGUGUGGCAAGAUGUUCUCCGACCCAUCCAGUUUCCGGCGGCACCAGCGAGCCCACCUCGGUUUCAAGCCCUACCCGUGCGAUAAAUGCUCCAAAAGAUUCCGACAGCCGGCCGAUCUGGCCGUUCACGAGCGGGUCCACUCCGGAGAGCGGCCUUACAAAUGUCAGAGCUGCGACAAGGCCUUCGUGGCGUCCUGGGAUCUGCGGCGCCAUUUGCUCGUCCACACGGGUCUCCGGCCCUUUUCGUGCACCGAGUGCGACAAGUCGUUCGCCGAGCGCUCCAGCCUCAACAAGCACCGCCGCGUGCACUCGGGAGAGCGGCCGUUCAAAUGCGGCGAGUGUUUGAAGUCGUUCGUGGUGUCCUCCAGUCUGCGCAAACACGAGAGGACUCACUUGGCGGAGCAGGCGCAGCAGCCGAGGCAACCGGAGGAAACGGAGGCCGCGGGCUUCGCCGGCCACCACGCGACUCUCCCGCAGUUCUCCUGCACUCACUGCGACGCCACGGUCGGCACCUGGGACGAAGUCCAGGCGCACGAGAAUCUCCACGCCGUCGACCGGGCUCCGGGCAAGACGGCGGACUCGCACACGUGCGCCACCUGCCAGGCGGAGUUCGCGGAGCCGUCGGAGCUGCAAGAGCACGAGAAGCAGCAUCCCAAACCCAGGCCUCACUUGUGCGCCAGCUGCGGCAAAGGCUUCCUCAACCGGGCCGGCCUGCGCAAGCACCAGAAGAUCCACUCGAGCACCAAACCUCACAGCUGCUCCCAAUGCGGAAAAGCCUUCCUGUUCCCCGCCUACCUCCGCAAGCACUUACGGACGCACAUGGCCGCCUCGCAAUCCGACUUGAACAUCAUCCACACCGACCCGCUGCCCUCGCCCUCGCCGCCUCCCAGCGACCCGCCGCCUGUCACCGCAGAGGCCGGCGGCAUCUCCCUGACCGUUCCCGUCACUGAGUCUGCCACCGCUUUUCACACUCUGCCGGAGUAUUUGGUCAAGGAGGAAGGACUUUAAACAACAUGUUCAACUAGUGGCCUUAAAUGGAGUUGCAGUAACAGGAACGUGCCCUGCCACGAAUAGCGAGAAACUGCGAGUCAUCGUCGCACCCCUUGGGUUGCAAAGAGCUGGAAAAGCUAUGGUAAAGUUCCAGAAAGUUUCCAGUAAAUUUGAAUGGUCAUGAAGAUGGAAACUUAUGUCAAAAUAUCCCAAUAUGUAAACUGGAAUUGAGGGUAUUUUCAUGUAAAGGUAUCAUAUUCGAGCAAAAAAUGUGUGGUUUUGUCAUAAGCAGACAUUCAUGCAACGUAGAUAGCUCUCCUUGCCCACAUGCAAGAGCAUCAUUGUACCUUAAUUGCUGCAGUUUUGGGGAACUUGAUUUGUCCAGUGGAUGUUCUCGACAGAAUUUUGUUGGUUUUCUUACAAAGAAAUUGUGCACAGAAAAUGAAUUUUAAUAUCAGAAAUGACCAAAAAUGUUUUUUUGCUAUGGUUGUCAAGUAUGUUGCUUUUCUAAAACUUGUCCAGCGACACCGUGCUUUUUUUUGUAUGAUCGCCUACAUUUUUGCGAAGGCACAUUGCUGUCUGUGAAAGUUUUGCAGACAUAUACUGUAUGCCCAUCACUGUAAAAUUCCAUUCAAAAAGUCCAUUUCUCCACAAUAACUUUUCCGUUAAAGCCUGUCCGAAGAUUAUUUGCAUAGUUUUGUAUUCGUGACACCAAACCGUAUUACUGUGUAUCGCUAUUGAGCAUCAGCUAAGAAAAGGCAACUUGCGUUAUCAUUCCAAGAGAAAUAAAAAUCGAAUUUGACACAUACUGUAGUUGUGAUGAUAUCAUUUGAGUGUGGAUUGGAGUCGGUGCAUUUAUAGCAUAUUGUUACGAAAUCAGGAUGGGGACGAGACAA